AUGUUUGGUUUUCUGUUGGGAUGGCGAAAGGCCUCCAAGUGUAAUAUAGCAGUGAAGCAGCUUCAGUGUCGUCUAAAGCUGCUCAAGAACAAGAAAUAUGCCAUUUCCUCACAUUUGCGCCAUGACGUAGCCCAGUUGCUCCGCAUUGGUGAACGAAACCGUGCUCUUCGUCGGGCUCACCAUCUCUUCCUUGAUGAGUACCUGAUGUCCCUCUACCACUUGCUGCUUCACUUCUCCGACUUCAUCCUCCUCCACAAAGAACUUUCUGAUGGCAUCGACGAAGCGGUUUCAACACUUGUCUUCGCCUCUGCGAGGUGUGGAGACCUGCCUGAGCUACGCACCUUGAGGCUUCUUUUUGGGGAGCGUUACGGGCAACCCUUUGUGGCUACCGCUCUCCAUCUUCUCCCUGGCAAUCGUGUCAACCCUCAGGCUAUAGAGAAACUCUCCAUAAAAUCAGUACCGGAUGAUGCCAAGUCCAAAUUGUUGGCUGAGAUAACAGAGGAGUUCGGCCUCCGUCUACAAGUUUUGGAACUCGAAUACACUCCUGGAUUUGACAAACAGGUAAUAGACAGCAGGGAGCCAGAAGAAGAGAGGGAAGUUAUGGGUUUCGAUGUAACCUCUGCACCGCCGUGUCCAUCGCAAGAUGCUCAUAGCGAAGCAGAAUUGUAUAAGUUCACUCUUAGGGAUGUGGGUGUGAAGGAAAAACAAGAAGAGAGUCGUAGUAAAGCAUCCACGGAUCAAAGAAAAGCAUUUGAUGAGGAUGAUUGCAUAGGGGAGGAAGUGGUCGAAAAAGAUCAGAGAGUAUUCAGAUUCAGAGAGACUAAAGACGAGAGAAAGAGGUCAAGGAGGAGAUCAAGAUCAGCAUCAAGCAGUCCAAUCGCCGAAGACGUGGAAUGUUGGAAGUACUGCUACAAGGGAAGGAGAAGGCGUCAAAAGGAAGAUCAGUGUUACCAUAUAGUUUACAACGUGUUUUCAAUGUGGCCGGAUCAAAACGAAAAAGGAGAAGUAGAAAGAGGUCUCAAGGAAGCUAAGCAUGUUCAUCCUAAGCUUCCCUACUACGAUCAGAUUGCUGCUCACUUUACCGCCCUUAGGAACAACAACGUCAAAUCUUAA